UUGAGAUAUUCAAUUCAUCCGCUCAAGUCCUGGGGCCGUCUACUGCAGAGAGAAGUCGUUUCUUAUUGAAUGACAAAGUUUAUUUUCUCCGUGUAUGAUGGCGUCGUCCCCCUUCCUGGGCCCCAAGCGCCCAUUUGUGAAGACAAUCAUCAUUGGUGCGGGUUUCUCUGGCCUGGCAAUGGGCUGUAAGCUGAAGGCAGUUGCCAAAUCCGAUGAUUUUGUCAUCUACGACCAAGCCGAUGGCGCAGGAGGAACUUGGUGGGCAAACAAAUACCCUGGAUGUGGCGUGGAUAUACCUGCUGUCCUCUACAGCUUGUCGUUUGCCCCAAAUCCAUCCUUUUCAAGGCUAUUUCCCAAGCAAAAGGAAAUUCUCCAGUACUUUAAUGAUGUUGCUGACAGGUUUGAUGUGACGAGACACUUUUGCUUCAAUAUUCGCUGGGAAAGGGCGUACUGGCAAGAUGAGUCCAGCACGUGGUUGGUCGAGAUGAAGGACUUGACUUCGGGCCAAGCCUUUCAGCACGAGUGCUCUGUGCUCAUUUCCGCCGUCGGGGGCGUGUCGAUACCGAAUAUUCCGAAGCUGCAGGGGAUGGACGGCUUCGAGGGAGACAUCGUUCAUACGGCUCGGUGGAAAGACGAUCUAGCUCUGAAGAACAAAGAUGUGGUUGUGAUAGGGAACGGCUCAUCGGCAUCUCAGCUCAUCCCAACCAUCAUCAAAGAUGCAAAGUCUGUCACGCAAUUCAUCCGGACUCCGCAACACUAUAUGAAGAGUCAAGAUAGAGCUGUUGGCAGCCUGUGGACACUUCUUUUCCGCUUCGUUCCGGGUUUGCUCAGACUGAUACGGGCUGCAACUUUUCUCUACUUGGAAACCAGCCAUGCGCAGUUCAAUCUGACCAGGUAUGGAGCCGAGAUGAGGGCCAAGUCACUUCAGUUAAGUGAUCUCUAUGUGAGAAUGACCGCUCCAGUGAAAUAUUGGGGACUGCUGACGCCAGCUCACGAUCUCGGGUGCAAGAGAAGGGUCUUCGAUAAUGAUAACUAUCUCGAAUGUCUGAAUCGUGAUAAUAUCCAUCUUACUGAUGACCCCAUCAUCGCUAUUGAGCCUCGAUCUGUGCUUACCAAUUCUGGGCUCAGUUAUCCUGCUGACACUAUUGUAUUCGCAACUGGCUUUUCUUUAUCACAGUUUGAUAGCUUGCUCGUUGGCCGAUACGGAUAUACUCGUGAAAUGCACAGGAAGACUUACGGGACUGUUGAGGCUUUCAAAACAGUUGCAAUGGCAGGCUUUCCUAAUUUCUUCUACAUCUUGGGCCCUCAUUCGGGAAAAGGGCACACUUCGACUUUGUACGCAGCGGAGAACUUCGUUGAUUUGAUCUUACGGGUCACGAAGCCAAUUUUCGAGGGAAAGGCUUCUUCUGUGGAAGUCAAAUUCGCAGCUGAACAGAGGUUUCACUUUGAGAUACAAGGUGCCUUGAAAAACACAGUGUUCACCGGUUUAUGUAACAGUUGGUAUAUUGAUGGAAAGACUGGAAAGAACUGGUUCAUCUAUCCAUGGAACUCUCUGAUUCUGUGGUUCUCUACGCAUUUCGGCGGCGGCAGUGAUUGGACGUACAAUUACAAUACCAGAACCAAGGCAAAUGGUUUCCAUUUUGGAAUUCUCAGCGUCUCGACUACUGUAACCAUCCUGCUUCUAGGGAGAAUUCUUCUGGCGCUUGUCGGAACCAACAAGACAUGAUCGGCGACCUGGUGUAGCAGAAGCCCCGAGUUCUCUUGAAAUAACAGAUAGUGGUCAGAGAAUUGAAAUUGACUGUGUUUGAAUGCCUCAUUGGAGCUCCAAGUCCUUCCAUUUCAUGUCAUUGGCUACUAACUACCAGUGAAUC